AUGCCUGUGCCAGACGCUGCUGGAAGCUUUUCUUCUGGUUCGCUCGGGCAUACUGAUCCUUUCAGCGGAGUGGAAUCCCAGUUCGCCCACGUGGAGCACAGCCUUCUGGUUCAGUCGCAAGAAGUCCAAGACCUCGUGCUGCACGUGGCUCGGCUGACUGCUCGUGUGGACGCGCUGGAGGCUCAGCAGGCCUUGCUUCUGUCUCGUCUUGCGGACACUGAGCAAGACGUGGAGCUUGCUUCUACGAGACUUGCUGUGCUCAACCACUUUCUGCAUUCCCUCGCGGAGUUCUUCGGGCUCUGCCUCGGGGAUUCUGAGAUGGCAGCUUCCAGCUCUUCACAGUCGACUGGGGGGGGACAGGACGCUGCUUCGAGCUGGUCUGAUCUUCCCAAGAAGGUUAGGUUUGCUUUUUCAGCUGCUGGCGAUCCUCCUCCGGACCAUGUUCUGGCUUCUCUAUUUUCCACUGCUGAUGAUCUUAACCUUUUGAUCGAAACGUGGGGCUUUACGAUGGGCUCUCCUGAGUGGCUGUUGGUCCAUGAUAUUCUCUCGAAGUAUCAACAAGAUGCAAACGCUGGUGCUGCAAGGGCGUGGAAACGCAGGGCACUGGCUGGGGUGGCUUUUCAUGGGACUUUGGAGAAGCCAUGCAGCGAGAAGUUGCCUUCUUUGGCUCCUACGAAGGAAUGGCUGUUGGAGAAGUCUGGGGCAAAGCGACGACUGUUGCGAUGGCCUAAUCGUAGGUCCAAAAAGCUGGCCUUAGCGACUACCGAUUUAACGAGAGCGAAAGCUGAAGCAGAUGAGCUCACUCGGUGGCGAAUGCGACUGGUCAAGGUGCUCAAGGAUUGUCGUAUGCCGGUUUGCAAUCAGGCCCUUUUUGCUGCAGAUCCGGACAGGGUUUUGCAAUCUACUGCUGGUUGUGUUCGGGCUUCCACUCUGCGUUCGAGGAUUACGGAGUGGUGCAAGUUUUCGCUCUGGUGCCUGGCACUUCAUGACGAGCAUUUCCCUGCACACAUGGGGGUUCUCGUUGAUUACAUUGAAGAGCUACGCGAUGAGCCUUGCAGCAGAACCAGGCUACGUUCAGUGCUCUCAGCGGUUGCCUUCAUCGAGAAGGCAGGUGGCAUCGACAAGGCUGAUCAUUUUUCCAAUCAUCACUUGGUCUUGAAUCUCGUCAAUGUCAGGACUGCUGAACUUGAGGUUGAUGCUCCAGCGGUUCGGAGAGCAGUUCCUUGCCCACUCCUGCUCGUGAUUGCGUGGGAGCUGGCGGUGUGCGAUGAAGAAUUUCCAAAGUACAUGCGGGCAUUUGCGUGGACUAGACUUUUCAAGUUUUGGUCUUCGAGCAGGAGCGGCGACUUGGAAGGAGCUUCUUUCGAUGACAUGAUCAUGACAGCGGAAGGUCUUCGUGGUUUCUUCGAUAGGACCAAAACUAGCGGUGCAGGCAAGAAGAAUCGUUUUCUGCCUUUCUUCAUCGCUGCGGACGCAUGGCUGGCACGCAAGAAUUGGCUCGCUGUGGGUUUUGCGAUUUGGAAGGGUCCUGAGUUCGGUUUCGAAAGGGACUACAUGAUUCCCAGGCCCACGAGACAUUUUAAUGCAUGCAAAGCGGUCAUGGCCAGCUACAGUGAUGUGUGCUCGCUCGCCAAGCGUCUUCUCAGACUGUUGCGGAAGCCUGUGCUGCGAUCUGAUGACUGGGUGUCUUCGGAGGAGUUCUUGAUCUCUUCUGAUUCGCUUCUUCGGGUCUUUUCUGAACACUCUGAGAGGGCUUCUAUGGCUACAUUGGCGACUUGGGCUGGAGUUGAUCGUGAGCGCAAGGAGUAUCUUGGACGUUGGAAGAUCGUUGAGUCUUCCGAUGUCUAUGUGAGGUCUGCUUGGUUUGUUGUUACGACUUUGCAGCGGUUUCUUGUGCGGUCUUGUACAAGCAUGAAAGAGUUACUGAGCUUGGGCAUUGGUGAGAUACAGGAGAGGUUGAAGUCAUUCGGCUUGGAGGAUGCACUUGCACUGGCUGGGGCAGAGCAACUACAGAUGCCACGUGAGUGGGCAUUAUGGAGGGGCCGCGCCUUUCUCGGUCAGCAACCCAUCGACUUGCAACGCCUUUCGACUCCUGAGGUCUUACAGGAACGAGGCCCCGAGCGUGAGUCCCGCUUUUUCAUUUCAGUGCUAGGGAAACGGAAGCUUCGCAGGUUGCACCGAUCCGGGGCAUGUUGCACUAGGCCCGAACGUGUAGCCUGUUGUGAGUUUUAUGACGUGCUUGAGGGUGUGCCGUAUGAUGUGGAAUGCAAGCAUUGUUUUCGACCGGAGCGUCGGGAACAGGAGGCUCUUCAGGAAGAGGAGUCUGAUGCUGAUGAGGAUAGCUCCUCUAGUUCUUCUUCCGAGAAAGAAUCUAGCUCGGAGGGGAGCUGA